CGGCCCUUUUCUAACAACAAACGACGACGACGACGACGACGACGACGACUACCUCCCCCUUCUCAAUCUUGCGAAACCACCAAAACUGCUGUUCCUCUUGCUUCACGCUUCCGCCUCGCCCUCUGCGGGCCUCUCUGCUGCUCUCGCUAGUUGUCCUUUGGUCGCGAUGCUGUGCUGAGGAGGCAAGCCGCUGUUGUUUUUCACGGAGCGCUAUCCCAACUCCACUUUGGCCUGCAGGACUCAAACGCAACUCCUGAGCACAACGCGGUCCUCGCAAACAUAGAAUAUCAACCAUGUCGCUACGGCGGAGAGACCAGGUGCUGGAGGCCGAGGCCGCCUCUCACUCCACUAGGACGACCAAGACGCUCACCACUCAGACGACGACAACGACGCUAAAGACAACAACGCGGCGGCGGUCGCGCAUUAGGCCGCGCUCGGCGGACCUGCUGGGGGGCUCCCCAUCCGGCAAAGGCCUCACUUCGUGGAAGGCUGAGCAGGAGCAUUUUCUCGCUGCCUCGAGCAACAGCAGACUAGAUGGACACGGCUUGCGCUCAGUGAACAGCAGCGACGAGUCGGAUUUGAAAGGCUACGAGGAUCUGGUUCAAGCGCCGCUGCAGUGGGCCGAUGAUGAUGAGAAAUCCGUCCCUGCGUCUCGGUCCAUCGAGUACAACAUCAAGGAGCCCGUCUCGACUAUUGCCUUUCCUACGUCUCCCGAUCUCUCCUCUUCUGCGCCGUCAUCCUCGUCCUCUGUCUCUUCUUCGUCAACGUCCAAUUCGACUGUCAAGACCACACCACCUGCUUCGUCCUUUGCAUCACCCACCUCAAGACCGUCAUCGCGACUGCCACCACGGUCCCUGGACAAAUUUCAGACGAUUGGGAGGAGAGCAGGGAUGCAGCAGCAAAAGCUGCGUCAGCAUCAGUAUCAGCACCAGGGGCAUCAACGCCAUACAUCCCUGCCACACUGGCCAGCCCAAGCAGACGGCCAUCGACGGCUCUCCGUCGGACAGUCGAGCCCUCUGGUGGAUAACGUCGAGGCCAUCGACGUAGACGAGUCGAAUUCGGCGACGGAGACGCCCUCCCACUGUACAGACGAGACAGUGACAAUGAGCUUCCGGCAGAGGUCGAUGCAGUCUUUGAGGGGUAUUGCCGCUGCGUGGGUUCCUUCUGUCGCUAGCCAAUCGCCUCGUGCUACCGCGGGAGAGCUGGAGCCAGGACUUGACGCCGACAGGGUAUCACUGAGGAAGAGGCAUGCCCGACUCGAUCGCAGACGGAUCGACAAGGCCGUCAGCCUGGCCGUCGAGGCCGCACAAGCCUCUGAAGAGGACGAGGCCGCUUGGAGGCGAAAGAAGGAGUCGGCUAGACAACAAUCUCUGUCGACGUCGACGGCGGCAAACGGCCUCGAAUUGAGGCUCGAGGGCGACGAAAGUGCGCCUGUUCGGCAGGCAAGGAGCCGUGCCGGACUGUCCUCGCGCUUCGCCAGCCUGCCAUGGAGAGGUGGCUCUCCCCAGGUGGCUGAGCGUGCCCUGGUGCCCUUUCGAGAAGUCAAGCCGGCUGCAGCCACGCCCGAUUCGAUGUCGUCAGCGGGCGAGGAGAAGCCGGGCGAGUCACGCUCCGGCUCAUCCGACGAAGACGAUAACGACAAGGACGACGACGAUGACGACGGCUUCUCGAUGGAUCUCUACAUCUCAUCGCUCAGCUAUCUGCUAUCUGCUCUGAGUCCAAAGGAGGCCAAUGCCGUGAGCCCAAAGCACCGCCAGGAGCUCAAGCGUAAGCUCGAAGAAGCCCUCGCUGUCCUCGACGAAGGUGAUGGCUCCAAGACUGCUGCAGCAGAGAAGCCGGAGGACUGGUUGAGACAGGAGCUCGAGCGAGAUCUGGCGCUGGCAAGGCUCCAGCUUGACGAUCAACAACAACAGCAGAGGCAGCGGCAUGGGCAGGCGCAGACGCAAAGCGAGCAGAUGCAAUCUCUUGGCGUCGAGACAUGGGACGAACGUGCACAUGCAGCAGCCCAAGCCACUAGAUCCAAACCGAGAUCGAGAACGACUACAAUUGCAGGCUAUAUUGGCUCGUCAGCCCUCGAGCUCGGCCUUUCCAUUGGUGCCGGUGCAUUGGCCACUGCAGCGAAGAGCGUCGAGUCAUUUGUCCCUUCCGUGGCUGCCGGAAGAGCAAGUGAGACCAUGUCGGAGGAGAUUGCUCGGCCAUCGCCCCGGCAGGCGCCAUCCCCUUCGCUCCUCACAAACAAGCAAUGGGAGAUCACCAUGACCCUGGCCGGCUCGGCGGCAUCGAGCCUGUACGCGAGCCUCUCUGCCGUGGCAGAGCAGAAGAAGGAGCCGUCAAUGGGCAACGACAUCGUAGACCCGAACACGCCGGAAGACCGACUGAUGAUUCUCUCUGCAUCACUGGCACGAUCCAUCAAGCGCUCGCCCCUACCUUCGCAAGCGGCUGCCCUCGCUGGCCAGCUGGGUUCUCUCGUCGCUGCUCUCGACGAGCGCUAUUCUCUGCGUAAGAGGACCGCCGACGUGGCUCUGCGUCGGACGGGUGAGGCCCUAGGCUUCGUCAGGAAGCACGACCUUCACGUCAAGGCCCUUCGAGUCACCUGGGCCAUGGCCGAGGCCGGCAUUGCUGCCAUGGAGGCGUACCGUGACGAAGACCCUUGGUCCCCGCCUCCCCCCGAGUCCUCUGCGAAACGCAUAGAGGCUGCUGGCUCAAACACGUAGAUUCCUUCUCGCCCUAACAUGUAGAUUCCUCACUCUAACAUGUAGAUACCCUCGCUCUCACAGCGUACUCAAGUCGACUUGUCU